AUGACUUAUCCAGAUACAUACGUAGAUGUGCUUGUUAUUGGAGCUGGCCCAACUGGGCUUGGUGCUGCAAAGAGGUUAAACCAGCUGAACGAAGCUUCGUGGCUUUUGCUUGAUUCUAGUGAGACUCCCGGAGGCCUUGCUUCCACCGAUAUCACAAGGGAAGGCUUUCUCUACGAUGUUGGUGGCCACGUCAUAUUCUCCCACUACAAAUACUUUGAUGACUGUAUUGGCGAAGCUCUUCCCCGAGAGAACGACUGGCAUACUCACCAGCGGAUUUCCUAUGUUCGCUGCAAGAACCUUUGGGUCCCAUAUCCCUUUCAGAAUAACAUAAGCAUGUUACCAAAGGGUGACCAAGUUAAUUGCAUGAAUGGGAUGAUUGAUGCGGCUCUAGAGGCAAGAGUAUCAAACAAGAAACCCCAGAAUUUCGAUGAGUGGAUUGUAAGAAUGAUGGGCAAGUUAUAUUUUUUCCUUUGCGAGGGGAUUGCUGACCUUUUCAUGCGCCCAUAUAACUUUAAAGUUUGGGCCGUUCCAACCACCAAGAUGCAAUGUGGGUGGCUUGGUGAGCGGGUAGCAGCACCUGACCUUAAAACUGUCACGAAAAAUAUUAUUCUACAGAAGACAGCGGGAAAUUGGGGACCUAAUGCGACGUUUCGCUUCCCUGCCCAUGGUGGAACUGGGGGAAUCUGGAUUGCCGUUGCAGAUACGCUUCCUAAAGGUAACCUAAGACUAGGUGUAAAGGGGGCAGUCGAAAGGGUCGAUGCCGAGGCCAAGACUGUGAUCUUGAAAGAUGGCAAGACCGUAGGCUACGGUAGACUCAUCAGCACAAUGGCUGUGGAUUCUUUGGCUGAAAGGAUGAACGACAAGGAGUUGAUUGGCCUGACAAAAUGCCUCUAUUACUCCUCCACUCAUGUUGUGGGGAUUGGCCUCCGAGGUGUAAGGCCAGAGAACAUUGGCGAUAAAUGCUGGCUUUACUUUCCUGAAGAUGAUUGCCCCUUCUACCGUGCAACCAUCUUUAGUAACUAUUCUCCCAACAACCAGCCUCAGGCCAAUGUUAGGCUUCCUACAAUUCGAAGCGCUGAUGGAACGGAGCCGGGUAGCUGCGAACCAAAGGAGGGCCCUUAUUGGUCUUUGAUGAUGGAAAUAUCGGAAUCUUCCAUGAAGCCCAUAAAUAAGAGGAGAAUCAUUGACGAUACAAUCAAAGGCUGCAUCAACACUAAUCUCAUUAGAGCAGACGCUGAGAUAGUUUCCACCUAUCACAGGCGAUUCGAUCAUGGAUAUCCAACUCCGACCCUUGAGCGGGAUGAUUUAUUGAAGCAACUGCUUCCUAGGUUGCAAGCUAAAGGAAUAUAUUCGAGAGGCAGAUUUGGUAGCUGGAAGUAUGAAGUGGGGAAUCAAGACCAUUCCUUCAUGCUUGGAGUAGAGGCUGUUGACAAUAUCCUACACGGAGCUACCGAACUCACUCUGAACUAUCCUGACUUUGUAAAUGGCAGGGCCAAUGUCGAAAGGAGUCUAGUUGAAGGGAAAGCUGUACUUUCGACAUUUCCAGCAUAUAAGGAGGUGCUGAGAAAUUAG